AUGUGGGUGUCAGUUGAUGUCUUCAAUUGUAAUCGGUUGAGUGAUGAGUUCAUCACAAGAUUAUUUACUUUGCAAUAUAAAAUCCAUCAGUGGCGAUUAGAUGACAACAAGGAAAAUUGGUGUGACUGGUCUUUAAUUUUCGCAUUAGAUGUCAAUUUAAUGCUUCGCAAAACAACAUGUAAGACAUGA